CCACUCUCUCGGCCCAAACGAGGAUUUUUCACGAAAACAUCCACCGCAGACUGCGUACCGGAGACCAACAGAGCUAUACGACGGAACCGGGACGUUAUGGAUCAAACAGCGUGACAGCGGGAGUCUAUAUGGCGUUUGUUAAAGUUGGAUAACGGUGUGAGAGACGUUAGAGAACAGCGGAGUUAACGGUUAUGAAUGCGGUUGUUAGGCAGAGAGCCGUUGAGAGAGGAGCCGAAGAGGACUCCCUCCAACGGUAGAGCCGCUCCGCUCCGUACCGUACCGCUCCGGUCCGCCUUCAUGGAGGCUGACGGGACCUUUAGCAGUGAGCUCACAGGCCCGGAGAGUCACCUGUGAGACGUCGACACCUCGUUGGACGUAAUUAAAGGAGAAAAAACCGCGCACACCUGCCCGCAGUAGAACUUCUGAGCGAGUUAACGUUACAAAGUUAGCAGGUCGACGUCAUGGCUGUCAUAGAUACCACUUAACGAGAGGUGGUUAAUGCACCGCCUCAGGUAACACACACAGGACAGGUGAACGCUAUUUAACGGACUUUCUUUCUUCUGACUGCUUUUUAGAAAGUUGUCCUGUUAUAUAUUUCACCAACUUCAUUUUGGUUGCAAGAAUUUUUUUUUUUUUUUUCCUCAUCAAAGUUUCACCUUCUCCAGUCAAACCAUGUCAUUCAAAGACAACCCUUGUAGGAAGUUUCAAGCCAACAUUUUCAACAAGAGUAAAUGUCAGAACUGCUUCAAGCCCAGAGAAUCACAUCUGCUGAACGACGAGGACUUAAAUCAGGCAAAACCGAUAUAUGGAGGAUGGCUGCUGCUGGCACCAGAGGGAACAAAUUUUGACAAUCCCUUACACAGAUCUCGAAAAUGGCAGAGGAGGUUCUUCAUCCUUUACGAGCAUGGCUUACUUCGCUACGCUCUGGACGAAAUGCCCAGCACUCUACCCCAGGGGACAAUCAAUAUGAACCAGUGCUCCGACGUCAUCGAUGGGGAGUCCAGAACGGGUCAGAAGAACUCGCUGUGCAUCCUGACACCUGAGAAAGAGAACUUCAUACGGGCAGAGUGUAAAGAAAUCAUCAACGGGUGGCAGGAGGCUCUGACUGUAUACCCCAGGACCAACAAGCAGAACCAGAAGAAAAAACGCAAGGUUGAUCCACCCACUCACCAGGAGCCAGGCCCUGCCAAGGUGACGGUGACCAGCAGCGGCAGCGGAGGAAGCAUCCCCUGCCUGCCCAGCAGCAUCGCCAGUGCCGAGCGUGUCCCGAUGAGCCGCGCCACUCUGUGGCAGGAGGAGAACCGCUGGAGCAGGGCCACCAUCCCCUGCAGCCGCAGUGCCUCCUGUCUCAGCCAGCUGAGCCAGAGCCAACCAGACGCCAGUAUCACUACUCAAGAUGAUGGCGGCACCAUGAGCACUGGACGCAAGGUACGAGUGGAGAGUGGCUACUUUUCCCUGGAGAAGACCAAGUCGGAGCCUUUUCCACAGUCUCAGCCACCCCAGCCCCCCCAGCAUCUGCCCCUGUCCUCUUCAGCAUCUUCGUCCUCUUUAGGAGCUCUCAGUCCCAGGUACAACUCUGAGUCCGAAUCCCAAACUUCCCCUUAUCAACCCUCCCAAGAUCCCCUCCCUUCUCCAGGUGCGCUUGUUUCCCCCAGCUACUCCACCAUCAGCUCCUCCCAGAGCUCGCUGGACUCCGAGCCCAGCGGGACUACACCCUCCUGGGAGGCACGCAGUGGUGGUGGUGGUGGUGGUGGUGGUGGUAGUGGUGGAGGAAGUACCGGUAGUUUCGGGGGUGGAGGAGGCAGAGUGGGCCGGCCUGGCAGGGAGUACACAUCGCUGUCUGAUGUUCCACGGGCUCGCAGACUGAAUUACCGCGAAGCCUUCCGCUCAGAAAAGAAGCGCCAAGAGCUGAGGGCACGGACACGGAGUCCCGGCAGAGAGGAGGUGGCUCGGAUGUUUGGGGAGGAGCGCAGGCGUUCUCAAAUCAUUGGCCGAUAUGAGGAGGGUCAGCCUGUAGAGCGCAUGGACACAAGCAGCUCCACUGAGCCCUCUGCUAACACCACGCUAAUCCAGAGACAAGGCCGCAGCGAGAGGCGCUAUCUGGCUAACAAACAUGAGAUGUCACUGGAUGCAGGAAAGGACCGUUCGGUCCCUGAUGUGUCCAGCUCCACUUUCGCUAAUUUAAGAAGAGCCAAGUCACUGGACCGCAGAGUCACCGAGUCCUCAAUGACUCCAGAUCUGCUGAACUUCAAAAAAGGAUGGAUGACAAAGCUGUAUGAAGAUGGAAUGUGGAAGAAACACUGGUUUGUCCUGACAGAUCAGAGUUUGAGGUACUACAAGGACUCGAUAGCAGAGGAGGCUUCAGAAGUGGAUGGUGAGAUUGACCUCUCCACAUGUUAUGAUGUCAAAGAGUUCCCGGUCCAGAGGAAUUACGGCUUCCAAAUCAUGUGUAAAGAUGGAGCGUGCACCCUGUCAGCCAUGACCUCCGGAAUCCGUCGCAACUGGAUUCAGGCCAUCAUGAAGAAUGUGCGACCCACUAUUGCCCCCGAUGUCACGCGGAAAAACAUCUCUCUGAAACUAUCCGUUCUGAAGCCCAGAUCCCUCCCCGAGGAAAAAGCCCACGUGAUGUUGGAGCCAUGUCCACAGGCCGCCCCUGAGCCAAGCCCUGGUCCUGAGGCCCCCAAGUCUGUCGUCCACAUACAGUCAGCUGGCAACAAUGCCUCCGAGCCCCGCAAAAGCCGAGUUCGCGAGCGCAGACGAGAGGGUCGCUCCAAGACUUUUGACUGGUCUGAGUUCAAAAUGGAACGAACGGAAAAGCCCGCGAAUGAACGAGCGGACACAGUCGACCUCAGCUCGUCAUUCUCCACGACGUCCUCAUAUUGCUCUCCCUCCUCGUCCCCUUCCUCAUUAGCGUCCUCUCCCAUCUCUACCUCCUCCAUCCAAACCUCUUCUGUGUCAGGUGCUCACCCACCUUCCGUGACAGCAGAAAAGGAGAGUGUUAGGAGGGGUGUCCCUCCACACAGCACAACCAGUGCAACCCACAUGCCAAAUACUGUUACUGUUACCAUGACCUCCACGCUACAUACCACACCACCGGCACAGCCGUCGAUACCUGAAUGCCAAGAGCAAGGAAGGAUGGAAGUAGACCACCCUACAGUCACGCAUCCUGCUAGUGAACACAAGAAGGACAACAAAACCUCAGAAGUCCGAGAAGAGAUUGAGCAUCGAUGGCAUCAGGUGGAGACGACACCGUUAAGAGAAGAGAAGCAAGUGCCCAUCAACACAGCUUCAAGAAACUCUGACAGAUUGCCUGCACAUGAGCUUGCUGCACUGCUAGACAAAGAGUUGGGACAGAAGCAGCAGGAGCUGGACCGACUACAGAAGCAAAACAACGCUUUAAAAGAACAGUUGGAAAAUGCUCUAGGGAGGGAGCAAAGUGCCAGAGAGGGCUAUGUACUGCAGAAUGCAACACCCCCUUCCUCCUCACCGCACAGAGUGCCAUUGCAACGCCUGCACGAGCUUAAUGAAGACUUGCAAGGCGAGUUGGAGACACAAAAGCGCAAGCAGGACCUUGCUCAGCAGCAGAUUCGGACACUAAAGAGAAGCUACACAGAAGCCCAGGAUGCUGUAGACCACCAUGAGUCUGGCAUUCAGGCUCUGCAGGCUAAACUAGCAUCUGCAAUGGCUGAAAUCUUGGCCAGUGAACAGGCUGUGGCCAGAAUGCGCAAUGAGCUCAAGCUAGAGCAGGAGCGUUCAAAAGAGCAAGAAGAGGAGUAUGGCCGCGGUGAGGCCACCCUACGAGCCCAGCUAAAGGACAGUGAAGAUAGACUCCGUGAUAUAGAGGCCAGCCUCUUAGAGAGAAACCAGGCCCUCAGGCACCUGGAGCGCCAGCAGGCCCUGCAGCGAGACCACGCGAGAGAGAUACAGAGGCUGCAGGAGAGGCUGCAAGAGGUGACUGCUCGGCUGGACGCUACUGAAGAGGGUCAGGCCCUGAAGGAGGAGCGCCUGAGGAUGGAGCAGCAUAGCAUGCAAGAGAGUCAUGAGAGGGAAAGACAGAAUCUGUGUAGAAGAUUAGCUGAGGCUGAAACUGCCCAGAAAGAGAUGGAGAACCGAGUGUUGGAGGCUGAGCAGCAGGUGGAGGCUCUGUUAAGAGGGAGGCAGGCCUCUGGAGGAAAGGAAAGGGAGGAAAUGUUGAAGUUGCAAGAGGAGCUGGCCCACAAGACCGACAUGGUAGAGUCACUGAGGGAGAGCGUGCGUAGGCUAGAAGAAGAGAAAGGCCAUGUCACUUGCCGCUGUCAGGAGCUUCUUAACCAGAUUGCAGAAGCAGACCGUGAGGUGAAUAAGCUCCGCAACCGUCUGGAAACAGAAGAGGCUGACUACUACACCCUGGAGCACUCGUACGAGAGGGCCACCCAAGAGUUUCAGAAAAUGAGCCAGUUCCUUAGAGAGAAAGAGGAGGAGAUCCGGCAGACUAAAGAGAUGUAUGAGAGGCUGGUGGAACGUAAAGAAGAGGACUUGAAAGAGGCCCUCGUUAAAAUGGCUGCACUUGGCAACAGCUUGGAGGAAACGGAGCAGAAGUUGCAAGCUAAGGAGGAGCUUCUUUGUCAAAUGAGUCAAAGUAUUUUAAAUAAGGUUGAGCCAUGUAGUGCUGAGAAGGAUCUGCAGGCCAAGCUCGUGGUUGCAGAGGACCGUAUAGCGGAGCUAGAGCAGCAUCUCAAUGCCCUGCAGCUGGGCUACGCUGACCUACGAAUGGAAAGGCAGCAGAUCCCAGAACAGAGCAAGAAGGCGAGGCUUAAAACAUCGGCCUCCUUAGCAGCAAACACAGAACACUUACUGUCAUUUAACAAUACAUCCACAACAGAGAACUCCCCAGAUGAUAAGGAGUCUCAAGCUAAGAGACCAAGGAUACGUUUUUCCAAUAUUCAGUGCCAAAAAUACAUGAAUUUAGAGGGCCUGGACACUAGCCAUGAGAGCACUACCUUUGCAGACAUGACACAAAAAGUAAACCAGGACGUAGUCGAAGACAUCCAACUAAGUGAAGGAAACAUCUCUGAUAACCCCUUCUCUUACAGUAGUGACCCAGAGAAGUUCAUCUCUAUUAUUCAUGCCCUAGAGACUAAACUGCUAGCCACUGAGGGAAAACUAAGAAACCUCACACUGAAUCUAGAAGAACAGCGAUCCGUCCAAGCAGAAGACAUGUCCAAGAUUGAUCUAAAGAUGACAGAAACAAAGCCUAACCCUGAGAAGUGUGGAAGUGGGAUACAGAGUAGUGCUGCCAAUAAGCAUUAUGCCAAGGCCCUGGUGUGCGUGGAAAACAGUCGAGAGAAAGUCAGGACUAUUCUCAGUGGCUGUCAUGAGACCCCUGAUACACAGCUGCACUCAUUGUCGGAGAUAGAAAGCGAUUUGUUCAAUGCGUCGCUGUACAUCCAACAAGGACAAAAGACGCUGGAAGAGCACUCACCAGUUGUCCAUCAAAAUCAAACCCCAGACACUCUAGAUAAAGAGGCUUUGCACCUCUUCGCCAAAACGUUAUCGUUUGAGGCAGUCGUUUUGAACAAGAUGGCUUUGUUAAUACAGACUUCAAAGUCUGACCUCCUGCAGUCUCUUGCCGAGAUAUGGGAAGACAUGGAGAACGUUAAAAGGGGUGACAAAGAUUGCAUGGCUGUAGUUUAUGCUGAUGUCUUGACGAGGAAGUUGAUGUUGGAGAGUUCGUUCUGGAAAGAAUUGGAGAAAGCGGAGACGGAUGUUGCUAAAUCCAAAGAGGGCAGCGUUUCGGCUGAUGUAGAUGUUGAUGCCACAGUUAUCUUUAAUACCGUCAUUAAAGCAGAGCUUACCUACUCUAUUCAAAACCUUAAACUUUGCUAUGAAGACAAAUUCAAAACACUGAAAAGGGAGUUGACUGAAGCCCAUGAUAACCUGCAUCAAAGGGAACUGGCUCUGAAAGCAAUUAUUGAAGCUUCCAAAAGGCCUGAUUUGAAAAAUGUAAUAAAAGAAGUCAAAAAUAACUUUGGAUUUAGUAAACAAAAGUUAGCAGACGUUCACCCCUCUGAACUUGCUCCCUACAUGGAGCAGAUUGAAAUGGAAGAGGCUAGAGGCUUGGCCGAGCAAAUCGUCGACAAGCACUUGGCUGGAGAAAUGCCCUCUUGUGGUGUCGACUCUAUUGAAUCGCUGCAAAAUGCACAUGACAACCUGGCAAAUGAACUUCAAAGACAAGCAGCGGUCCUCCAUAAGUAUGCUCAAGAGAUAGAAAGUGGCGGAAACAAUCCUGGACUGGCUCAAAUGAUCCACGCUCUUCUGGGCCACCAAACGUCACAUAAUUUCACAAGUACCUCUCUCUGUAUGCGUGAAGCCCUAAUCCAGGCCCAAGUGGCUUAUGUGGCGUGCAGGUUACGGGCCAUGCACGAACAAGACUUGGGCUGGUGUAAACAGACGGGUCAGAACAUGCAUGCUCUCGUCCAGCAGCACGCCCACAAUGUCGGUGCAAUCCAAGAGAAAUAUGAAGCAUCCUUACAGGACGAGCGGCUGAACUUCACACAAACAGUGUCCACUCUCCAGAAGGAGAACCACACGUUAAAGAGUGAGAUCAGCAAACGUGUGAACCAGCUCUCCCAGCAGCAGGAGCAACUGGCUCUCCUGGAGGAGCAUUUCAAGAAGGAGACCGAAGAGAUGAAGCAGAGGCACAAGCAAGAGCUGAGCCGAGCGGAGAAAGGCCGCGCCUCGACCGAGCUGGCCCUCAUGGAUACAACGGCCGACAGUCAGCGGAAGCUAGAAGUUCUGCUGGUGGACAUGGACACGAUGGAGGAGCGGCACGAGGGUCACGUGAGGAAACUGGAGGAGCAGUUUGAACAGCAGAUCUGUGAGCUUGAGCAAAUCCACAAACAGGAGAUUGAAAAGUUACAUUCUCAGUAUAUGGAAAACAUUCAGUCCAUCCAAAAGCUCCAACAGGACAAAAGAGGUCCCGAGGUUUCCUACUCGCCUCCUUGUGAUGAGGCCGCUACACCGAUGGAAGAGGAGGAGCAGGGGAAGGGGGAGGAAGCACAGGCCAUGUCGGAGUUGGACUCCAUGGUGGUUCUGAAGGACCGGAUCCAGGAGCUGGAGGCUCAGAUGAGCACCAUGAGGGACGAACUGGAGAACAAGCACCUAGAAGGAGAUGUGGCCAGCCUGAGAGAGAAAUACCAGAGAGACUUUGAAAGUCUUAAGGCCACGUGUGAACGUGGCUUUGCAGCAAUGGAAGACACACACCAAAAGGUCGUACAUGACAUCCAGAGGCAGCACCAGAGGGAGAUUUCCAAACUUAUGGAAGAGCGAGAGAGACUAUUGGCUGAGGAGACUGCUGCCACAAUUGCUGCUAUUGAGGCGAUGAAGAAUGCACACAAGGAGGAUCUGGAGAAGACCCAUCGUUCCCAACUGAGUGGACUCAACUCUGACAUUGAUGAGCUUCGCUUACAAUACGAGGAGGAGCUGCAGUCCAUCCACAGGGAAUUGGAGGUGCUGUCAGAGCAGUACUCUCAGAAAUGUCUGGAGAACGCUCACCUGGCUCAGGCACUGGAGGCCGAGAGGCAGGCCCUCAGGCAGUGUCAGAGAGAGAACCAGGAGCUGAACGCUCACAACCAGGAAUUAAAUAACCGACUGACUACAGAGAUCACCCGGAUGCGCUCCUGUUGGAGUGGUGAAACAGCGCUGUCACCUCUUACGCAGGGCAAAGAUGUGUAUGAACUGGAGGUGUUGCUACGAAUUAAGGAGUCCGAGAUCCAGUAUCUUAAACAGGAAAUCCACUCUUUGAAAGAUGAACUGCAGUCUGCUUUAAGGGACAAGAAAUAUGCCACAGACAAAUAUAAGGUCAUCUAUACGGAGCUCAGCAUUGUAAAAGCGAAGGCCGACUGCGACAUCGGCAAACUGAAGGAGAAGCUGCUCAUUGCAACCGAAGCUUUAGGCGAGAGGACGGUCGACGGAUCGGUCACAUCUGGAUACGAUAUAAUGAAAUCAAAAAGUAAUCCAGAUUUCCUGAAAAAAGAACGAUCAUCAACCUCCAAGCUAUCAAGAGGCCUAAGGUCAAAGAGCCUGAAAGAGGGACUAACUGUGCAGGAGCGGAUGAAGCUUUUUGAGGCAAAAGAUUCCAAAAAGAUUUGAAUAUCAAGAAUCUGAAGUUUCUCUUUCGACGGGUUUUGGUCAGAUUGCUACGGCCGUGCCAGCAUCAGCUGAAGACUCUUAUAGGAAAUGGAAAAAAAUCUAUCAAGGUCAAUUCUCAACCCCGACCUGCUGCUUCCAUGCCUCAGAUAAGUUGUCAUAUUUUUGUUAAAUUUCUUUUUUAAUUAAUGGAAAAACAUUUUACUGAAUCAAUCCUGUGUACGGUUUCUUUAAAAAAAAAAUAUCCAUAGAUGUAUAAUCUGUCCAAUAUGGAGAUGUGUCAAAUAAACUGCGAGAGGGAUACACGACAGCAUUUUUAUUGAUCCUCCAAAAUGCCAAAACAGACAGCAAUACACAGUAUGAAUAAUAUAUAUUUCCCAAUAUGAAUUAAGUAUCUGCUGUAUUUUAUUAUUGUUACAGUUUCUAUAUCUAAUAAUUUUUAAUGUGUUUAUUGUCGCACCAGUUCUGUUGUACAUAACUACUGGAUAUAUGUACGAGUGUGGUUUGCUAUUGAUUGUUGGGGCAUCUGCUGUACUAUAACUACGGUUUGAUUGAUAGUGGAAAACAAUGUGAUGCUUAACUUGCUUACGUAUGAGAGUUUUAUAAAAUGGAGUGUCUGUGUGUGAAGGGGGAAAAGAGGGGCGGGAUUGCACUUAUCACUUGACUACUUGAGGAAGCUUUUUUUUUUAUUUGUCUCAAAUUGGUGUAGUGACUUCAAGUCAAUUAUUGCAGUGCUACCAAACAUCCUGACUUCUGUCAAAUUUAGUGAACAAUCGUGACUUGUUAGUGAUACUGGAUUUUCUUUUUUCUUUUUUUAAAGUUUCCUAAAACCUGGAUUUGUGUUUGCUCAGUUUUGACUUUGGUGUGAGAAUAUCAUCUCAGAAAAAAAACGGAACUAUUUAGGACUUUGCAUGACUGUACAGUAUCAUUUGAAUUGCAAAAUGAUCAUGUUGCCUCGUUUUCCUACUUUAUGCUUUAGUGUGGAACUCUUAACACUAAUAAGCUUUGCUUUGCAAGUCCUACUGUUUAGGUGUUGAGAUUGAAAUGUUUUACUGUAAGCCGCAGUCUUGAAGCACUUGGCCCAAUCCCUGACCUCCCACUAAAAUCUAGUCGUGCCUCAACUGAGUGAAGAAUAUAAACAUCCAUGAAACCUGUGCAGCUAUGGAUACACACUGUAUAGUAUUCAAACCACGCCUUGUAUAUAUAUAUAUGCCACACGGAAGACUUCUGUGUUUUGUUUUAAACUUGUACCUUGCUCACUAGCUCUAUAUGAAAUAUAUAUGAAUAUUUUUUAUUUUCAUUUGAAUGUAUAUCGUCAAAUAAAUGAAGUGUUUGGAAA